CCCAAACGCUGUUCUGCUGUGUGUGAGAGAGAGAGCAUCUCUAACUGCAUGUUCUUUUAUUUAUUGGUUCUGUGAAAAGAACAAAAAGACCGAAGGAAGGUCUCUUUUGUCUACCUGUUUUUUGAAAUCAGACAUUUUUAAACUAUAGCACAUUGUGGUGGAACCAGCCACGCUCUCCAGAUGCCCAAUCCAGCCGCCCAUCUACCUUUCUACUUUGGCAGCAUCUCCCGGUCAGAUGCCGAGGAUCACCUCAAACUGGCAGGGAUGUCGGAUGGGCUAUUCUUGCUGCGACAGUGCCUUCGCAAUCUUGGCGGCUAUGUCCUCUCUAUGGUGCACAAACUCCAGUUCCACCAUUACUCCAUCGAGCGUCAGAUGAAUGGGACCUUUGCCAUCUCUGGAGGGAAAGCGCACUGUGGCCCCGAAGAGCUCUGCGAAUUUUAUUCCAAGGAUGCAGACGGACUUUGCUGUCCUUUGAAGAAACCUUGCAACCGUCCUAAUGGCCUGGAACCCCAGCUGGGGAUUUUUGAUAACAUCCGGGAGAAUAUGGUCCGCGAAUACGUCCGGCAAACGUGGAACUUAGAGGGAGAAAAUCUUGAAGUAGCAAUCAUAAGCCAAGCACCUCAAGUGGAGAAACUUCUGGCCACCACUGCUCAUGAGAAAAUGCCUUGGUACCAUGGCCCCAUCUCCCGAGAGCAAGCUGAGAGCCGGCUCUACUCAGGAGCACAGCCUGAUGGGAAAUUCUUGUUGAGACAAAAGAAAGAACAAGGAAGCUACGCCCUCUCCCUUGUAUACGGAAAGACUGUUUAUCACUAUCGAAUAGUACAAGGAAAAUCAGGGAAAUACUCUGUAGAAGAUGGAACCAAAUUUGAUACACUGUGGCAGCUGGUUGAGUAUCUCAAACUCAAACCUGAUGGCCUUAUCUAUUAUCUGAAGGAAAGCACCCCAAAUCCUGAAAUGCAAUCAGCAGCUGACACUAAACCGGUUCGCUGUGAUGACUUUCUGGUCGUCUGUUUGGCCCACCUGCCCGCCAAGACCACUGGGAAGUGGCCACUGAAGUGGUAUGCGCCAGAAUGCAUCCUGUUUCGGAAGUUUUCAAGCAAGAGUGAUGUCUGGAGUUAUGGCGUGACGAUGUGGGAGGCUUUCUCUUAUGGCCAGAAACCCUACAAGAGAAUGAAAGGACCCGAAGUCAUGGCGUUCCUCGAAGAAGGGAAGCGUAUGGAAUGUCCAUCCAGCUGUCCAGAAGAGAUGUACAAGUUGAUGAACCUAUGUUGGACUUACAAAUGGGAAGACCGCCCAAACUUUGCUGCUGUGGAGACACUGAUCCGCACGUAUUACUACAGCAUCGUUGACAAGAAGGAAGAGAAGUUGUAGGGAAGAAAUGUGAUGGACUCAUGAAAAUGGUUGGAAGGCACAUGUGCCCAUCGCCUCUUGCCAGCUUCAGCAUUUCUGAAAGGAUGAUG